AUGGCCCCAACAUUCACCAAAAUUACCCCAUCUCUGCCUGUUUCCUCUGUACCCGCCUCAAUCGACUUCUACACCAACGUCUUGGGCUUUCGUGUUGCAGGUCGAGAUGGCGAUAACCAUACCUGGCUUCAGUUGACUUCAGACUCCGAAGCUCCACGCGACGAUGUAGCUGUGAACAUUUACCUUCGUCGACGUGGCUUUCUAGACUUGCCUGAAGAUGCAGCAUUCGGCAGGAUCUAUAUCCGAAUCGAGGGUGAGGAAGAUGAGCUUGAUGGAUUGCUGGAGAAGUGUAGGAAGGGAGGAGCAGUCCUGAAGAAUGAUAUGAGUGUGAAGCCUUGGGGUUUGAAGGACUUGACAAUUGCGGACCCUGAUGGCAAUCUGCUCAACUUCAGCCAAGCCAUGGGAUCGUAUCCGCGCAGCAAGCCAGCAAGUUCGACGAGUGGUCAGUGA